AGACAUAAUUAUUGCAUAAACAAAAUUACCCAGAUCGAUCUCUCUCUCUCUCUCUUCUCACACAGGCUUGGAGUGGCUACUAUUCAGAUCACAGAUCCAGAGCUAAGAAGGCCCUAACCCUCUCUCUCUCUCUCUCUCUCUCUCUCUCUCUACUUCCAACAACCACUCUCUCCCUGAAUUCCCAAAAUACCUUCCACUCUUCUCUUCUUCCAGCAUUAUCACUCUCUGCAAUAAGGGUCUCUCCACAUCAGAGGUAAACACACCUAACCCUAAGUUUUUCUCUCUUCCUCAAAUUCAUUCUUUUAAGUCUUUACUCUGCAAACCCAUUUGUCAUUAUCACCUUCAAGAUUGGUCUUUUGGUUAUUUUGCGAAAUUACACUCUGGUUAUUCAUAAAUCUAGUCUGAUCAGUUGUUGAUGUUAGGGUUUUUGAAUUCACAAUGAAAGAAUCGGAUCCAACAACAGACCCAAUUGGGCAAAACCUAAUAAAAGUCAUAAGCAAUGUGUUUUUCUCAGUGUUUGUGUUCUCUGUGCUCGUAUUUACGGUAAUUGCAAUCACAUACCAACCUCCCGAUCCAUGGGAGUCCUCCAGAGCCCUAACUAGGGUUUUCACUGAUGUCGAAAAUGCCACCUUCAAAACCGACACCUCCGUCCUCCAAACCGGUGAGGACGUCGCUGUCUCACCGUCGGCGCUGCCCUCUGCAGAGACGGCCACUAUCACCGAAGCGGUGAUAGAGAAAUCCGAGGAGAAAAUGUCGAAUUUGACUGUGAAAUCGGGUUGUGAGGAUCUGUUUGCCGUGAAUUGCUCCGACCCACGAGUCUUGAUCACGAUUGAGAGGUUUAAUUUGAAGCUUUUCAAGUCAAUUGUGUUUUUGGAGUAUCAAACCCCAGUUAAUGGGUCGAAACCCGAUGAGUGUGAUGUGUCAUGGAGGUUUAGGAACAAGAAGGAGAAAUCUUGGAGGAAAUAUAGGGAUUUCAGGAGGUUUAGGAUUGGAUUUGGUGAAAAUUGUACUUAUAAAGUGGUUGGUGCAAGGGGUUGGCAUUCGGGUAUAAAUGCUCGUCGGCCUAGGAGUAGAGCUAAUGCCACUAAGAAUGGUGGGAAUGCUAAAAUUUCAGCUCGAUUUCGUGAUGAUGAGAUCAAUGACACAAUCCCGGUUUUGGGAUCUGAUGCAGCCUUUAGGAAGGGGAAGUAUUUGUACUAUUCGCGUGGAGGGGAUUAUUGUAAAGGAAUGAAUCAUCACCUUUGGAGCUUCUUGUGUGCUCUUGGUGAGGCUCAGUAUCUGAAUCGAACAUUUGUGAUGGAUCUGAGUAUUUGCUUGGCGGGGACUUAUAAUCCAAGUAAUAAGGAUGAGGAGGGAAAGGAUUUCAGGUAUUAUUAUGAUUUUGAGCAUUUGAAAGAGGUGGCCUCAAUUGUGGAGGAGGGUGAGUUCCUUAGAGAUUGGAGGAAAUGGGAUAAGACCCACAAGAAGAAAAUCCCAGUUCGGAAGGUUGCGAGCCAUAAUGUUACUCCAAUGCAACUUAAGAAAGAUAAGAGCACGAUUAUCUGGAGGCAGUUUGAUGCUCCUGAGCCGGAGAAUUAUUGGUACAGGGUGUGUGAAGGGCAAGCUGCAAAGUACGUCCAAAGGCCGUGGCAAGCUCUGUGGAAAUCAAAGAGAUUGAUGAAUAUAGUUUCUGAGAUUAGCGGAAGUAUGGACUGGGAUUUUGAUGCUGUUCAUGUGGUCCGAGGAGAGAAAGCACAGAAUAAGGAGCUGUGGCCCCAUGUCGAUGCUGAUACAUCCCCAAAUGCCCUUGUUACGAAGCUUCAAGGGACGAUUCAACCUUGGAGGAAUCUGUAUAUUGCCACUAAUGAACCAUUCUAUAAUUACUUUGAUAAAUUGAGGUCUCAUUACAAGGUUCAUUUGCUUGAUGAUUAUAAGGCACUGUGGGGAAAUACAAGUGAGUGGUACAAUGAGACAAUGAUUUUGAAUGGUGGCCGCCCCGUUGAUUUUGAUGGAUACAUGAGAGUUGAAGUGGACACUGAGGUACUUUACAGAGCAAAGACAAGGGUAGAAACAUUCUAUAAUUUGACAAAAGAUUGCAAGGAUGGGAUUAAUACAUGCUAACCAGGUUGGAUACGUUGUUCAUUGCUUUCAUAUAAGUUGUUUUUCAUCUCUUUUUCCCUCUUUUACUUUCUAUAUUGUUUCAGAAUGAGAAUACUGAGUUCAUUUCAGGCUUCAUGUUCAUUUGUUGUACUCAUUGACCAUUUCUGUUGUGAAGCCUGUAUUUGUACUAUAGAUUCAAGUUUUUACAGCCUUUACACCACAUAUGGUGUGUUUGUUGAGUA